UAUAUGUGCUGUCGCCAGUUCUAAUCGUUAAAUCAAUAAACAAAACUGGAAGUCAUUAGCUGAAAUCACAAGAAUCAGGAACGACAGAAAAAAUCAACUGGAAAAAUGAAACCUAAGCAGAAGAUUUCCGUAGAGCCGCUCUUGAUCAUCGCCCUGCUCCUCGGAAUUUUAGUGGCCGCCACCCACGCUCAAGAUCAGAAAUCCGUGAAACCAUUGGCGGCAGAGCCAUCACCAGCAGCAUCUCGCUCCCGGGAUGAAAUCUAUAUCGAUGAUGAUAGCAUUGAGGGCUCAGGCGGACGUGGCGGGAUACACGAAGAUCUAGAGAAAGAACCGGACUAUUCUGGCUCCGGCUUCGGACCCGAUGACGAGGACGCCGAACCCGACCAACACUCGCACAGUUCGCACAACACGCGCAUUUCGCAGAACGGCGGCGCCGGCAUAAACAGUAAGCAUAACUCGAACGAGAACUUCGGCAAGAACAGCAAGAACAGCAACAGCGACCUCAUCUCGAGUAGAUUCAACAACAAUAAUAAUCACAAUCAGAUCGACAACAGCCAGAAUAUCAAUCUCAAUCCCAAUAAUAAUCAUCAAACGAAUAGUGGCACAAUCAUUGGUAGUAGCACCACAGCGAACAAUAAUAACCACAAUAUCAACAUCAACAGCCAGAACGGCAUCAUCAGUGGCAGUGGUAGUGAGAUCGGUGGCCAUAGCACUGGCAUUAACGCAAUCGCAGCUCAUACACCAACACAAACCUCAUCCACAACCUCAACAACUUCGAGUUCGACACCAACGCCAGCAACCACCCCAACAACGACAACUGCCGCAACCACCACAACGGCAGCAACAAGUACCACAUCGACAUCCUCGACAACCCAGCGGACUGCCAAUUAUAGUACCAAAACGACCACGACCGCGCCCACGAUUCCCUUGCCCCCCAAUCAGCCCAUAUUCCCGCCCUUCGAUAAGGAUCUGGACCUGGAGGGCAGUGGCGAUAGCAUCGACUCUGAUGAUGAAGACGAUGAGGACGACACUGAAAAUAGUGAAUCUUUGGACAAAGAAAUCGACAUCGAUGAUCCCGAAUCGGCAACUCAGACGCCAGUUGUUCCCAAAAUCUCAGACGACGAAAUCAUCCAUGAUCCCAAAACGGUGAACGAAAAUCCAAUCUUUAAGGACGAAUUCGAUGUGGAUGGCGGCGAUGAGGAUGAGAAUGUGGACGGCGAUGUCGAUGGUUCAAGAGUCGGUGGCAACGAUGGAGAUAUUACAGAGCGCGGACCGGGCUCAGGUGGCAGCAACGUGCACGAAUUGGACCCCAAUACGAACGUGAAUAGCCAACCCUCCGACACGAAGGGCAUCGAUCACAGGCCCAACGGCAACGAAGUGGUCAUCAUGAGCGAGGACGAUCGCACGUCGAGCUUCUUCUCGCAGCCCGGCAUUCUGGCUGCUGUUAUUGGCGGCGCCGUUGUUGGCCUGCUCUGCGCCAUACUCGUGGUGAUGUUCAUUGUGUACCGCAUGAGGAAAAAGGACGAGGGAUCCUAUGCGCUGGACGAACCCAAGCGAUCGCCGGCCAACAAUUCGUAUGCGAAAAACGCGAAUAAUCGCGAGUUCUACGCCUGAGAUAAUGGUACGGCGCGCAGGUAUUAAGUUGACCCCAAGUGCAGGAAAAAAAACUGUGAGGACGAGGGUGCGGAAAACUGGACGCAGGCGGAGCGACUGGGAAUGGUUAGGCUCAACUGAAUACACUGUGCGAAGUGGAAGUGCACCAUCAUCAGCGAUCCACUAAAACAAUGAUAACACUAAACUAACACAAAAAAAAAACAAUUGAAAAUUUCUACCGUUUUCAAAAAUACACACAAUUUUUCGUGAGGGGUAAAUAAAACUAAAAUAAACAAAAAACAAAUCGACAAAAUAAUAACGAAAUAAAAACAAAAAAAGAA